CGUCUCCGUAAUAAAACUCGCGUUGAAAGUGCUUUUCAAAAUAAAAGUGUUGAAUUAAAUAUUUAAAAAUGGAGUUAAACGAGACUCUUAACAGUAAUAGUUUAAAUUUUAAUGCAAGUGACUCGGAAGAAAAUUGUACAAACAGUGGAGUACCAGUUUCUGAUUUUCUUCAUCAAUUUCAAUUGUAUUAUUUCCCAACUUUAUGUAUUCUGGGAAUUAUUGGAAAUAGUUUAUCAGUCGUGGUUUUUUAUAAAACGAAAUUAAGGAAAGUAUCCUCUUCUUAUUAUUUGGCUUCGCUGGCGAUUAGCGAUAAUGUCUUUUUGGUAUGUUUAUUCAUACCUUGGUUAACACCUUAUUUGGAAUUUGACAUUUUCAAUUUGCCUAUUAUUUGCGAAACAUCCACUUAUAUAACUUCUCUAACUAGUUUCUUAUCGGUUUGGUUAGUUCUUGCUUUUACAGUCGAACGAUUUUUAGCUGUUGUUUAUCCUUUACAUCGACAGACAGUUUGUUCGAUUUCGCACACGAAACGAGCUAAGUACAUCGUAAUCGUCCUCCUUCUAUUUGGAAUGUUAAUAAACUUUCCGGUUUUAUUAUUCGUUGGGAUCUCACGUAUAAAUUGCGAAGAUAGAUGUUGUCUUCAACCGGAAUGGGAUAACGAAGCUUAUAUUUAUAACAUAGUCGACAGCUUGGUUACAUAUGUUUUACCUGUAACUGGGAUUGCUAUUUUAAACGGUUUCAUUAGCAGACAUAUGUGGUCGAUGGCUCAAGUAAGAAGACGAUUAACCAAUCAAAAUUCAGCUGCUAAGGAAGAAGACACGAUGACCAGCAAGUACAAGAAAAAAUCUUCAACUUCUUUGGCCCAAUAUAAAUUUACUAAGAUGUUAUUGGUGGUUUCGACGACUUGUUUAUGUUUAAAUUUGCCAAGCUAUGUCAUGAGGAUUAUGGCUCUUAUUCCCGUUGUUAAAGAUGAAAUUUCGCAAACUGAGACAGUCCUAGGAACAUUCCUUCAUCUUCAACAAUACGCGCAACAGAUGUUUUACGCCAACUUCGGUAUAAAUUUUAUUCUCUAUUGCAUAAGCGGCCAGAACUUUCGGAAAGCUGUUAAAAGCUUAUUGUUUCCAAGAAAAUUCAGAAGGAGAAACACAUCAGCUUUAGAUAGUAGAACUCAGUCUACGUCCACUUCAAUGAUCAUUUCCAAAAAGAAACGCCACAAUAUUAAUAUGGAGAAUACCGAAUCAAAUUCUAAUACACAAAUUAUCGGCUUAAAGGGUAUCGAUCGAGCGUUAUAUGCCUAGAUAAUUAAACGUUACUCAUUAUACAAAACAAUCUAGUCUUAAAAAUACUUAAUUGGUGUUAAAAAAUGAAUAUUAUAUCAUAUUAGUUAUGAUAACUAGUGAAUUAGAAAUAUAAUUGUAAUCGUAAUAAAUAAUUUUUUG